AUGGAUACUCCAGCAAUUCCGAUGCCGCGAGACCCUCGCGAGCAAGCUAUUCUACAGAAGCUGUCAAUGAUCCGAGAUCGCCUGCUGCUCCUCAAGCAAGAUCGUACAAACUACAUUCGAACGCAGGAUGUCAUGCCUCUGUUCGAUGAGACUAUGGACCAGGUCAAGGAGUUGACUAUCGUACGGGCGGAGACAGGCGCUAAGGAGGAGAACAGAUUGGAUAAGGUCCUCGAGAGCUGCUUCCAACUGCUUUCUCUGUUCUACCUAACCAUCGGACGAAACAACGAGGCGCCUGCGACCUACGCUAUGACAUCAACUGUUAAGCGACUUCUCGACCACCUUGUCGAAGCCGAACUCUACUCCGCCAAGGACCUCGGCAGUAUCAAGUCCACACUCGAGGAUCUAUCUAAGAGCAUUCGCGAUGCUGCUAGUGACCCAUCCCCCGAUAAGCGACACCCACCAUACAUGCUCACACUGCUCGAGAACCGUGUUGAGCUAUGCAACUCGACCCUAGCGAGACUCCAGAAGCGAUUAGAGAAAUUGCCCGAUUAUCUGCUGGAAGCUCAUGAGAAGCUUAUUUCCAUCUUGCGAUCGAUUUCGCUGGCCAACACUAAAUCCAAGUUUUCGACAUCCGAGGUUAAGAAGCUACGGAACCAAAUCUUGGAAAUUGGCGAGAAGCAUAACAAUGGCACAUUUACCGCAGAAGAUGGAGCUUUGGAGGAGGGUGGUGAAUUGGUUCGAGACUUGUACAACCGCUGCGUCCGCUGGUCGGACAUGGUUCUUGAGAGGCAAGGAGAGGUGGCCGAACAAUGGCGACCGAUUUACGACGCACUCAUUCACAUUCGCAACGACCUCGAGAAGCUUUCCCUCACACAGGCUUGGUCACUCCGAGAAACAGACCUGUACGAUUUCCAGCGACAACUCGAUCGAAUUGACGAGAGCCGAGGUGAUAACGGUAACUGGGUGGACGACCGAGGGCGACCAGCGGACCUCUGGACUCAGCGAACUUUCCUGUACCUGAUUCGACGAUCAUACGCCUACAUUUACUCAUUCAUGCUGGCAUCCGAGCCAGUGUCUGAAGCUCUUUUGCCUGUUUACAACCAGUUGCAGACACUGAAGCGAUGUCUGAUUGAGGUUAAGAAAAAUGGAGGUGUCUCUUCGGUGAGAGAGCUGUACCCCUACAGCAUGAAGCUCAACUCUUUGGAUAACAUGAAAGUGGAUGGCAAAUUUGUUGUAAACGGCGAUAUCCCCGAAGGACAAGGCAGCGUUACCGAGCUCUUGGCCGAGUGUUUCGACCUCAACUACGAACUGAGAGUUGCAGCUGAAAUGGCAGCUGAGAGCGGCGAGACCGAGGCUUAG